AUGAAGUUUUUAACUACCAAUUUUCUGAAAUGUUCUGUUAAAGCCUGUGAUAUAAGCAAUUUGAAUUUCCCAUUAGAAUACGAUGGGAGCAAGUGUAAACUGGUUCAAAAUGAAGAUAUUGAGUUCCAACCAGAGUUUCUCCUGAACAUACUAGACAGGAUAGAUUGGCCUGCUAUAUUGCAAGUGGCAGCAGAUUUGGGUAACACUUCAUUGCCAUCGCAAAAACCUGAGUUACACACUAAUAUGGAUGAAUUGAAUGAGGAAGAACUUGUUAUAUUGAGAGAUUUGCAUACUUUGUUGUUACAGACGUCUAUCACGGAAGGUGAAAUGAGAUGUAGAAAUUGCGGCCAUGUAUAUUACAUUAAGAACAGUAUUCCAAACCUAUUACUACCACCACAUCUAGCUUGA